GCGCUGGCGACCGUGCAUCAGAACGCGCAGCUGAGGCUGCAGAUGGCGGUCAACUAUGCCGAAAACAAUGUGAUUCCGGUCAUGGUUGCGUGUCUGCAGUUGCUGCUUCGUGGAUACGAGUGCUCCGAGAAUGGUGCGGACUCUGUCCCCGAGAUAGAG